CUGCAUCUGAUUCUCACACACUCAGCCUUCAUGUUGGUUGCGAUCCUCAGUCCGCUAAACAAAGCUUCAUACUCUAAAUUGGAACUUGAUGGCGUGGUAUGAAUGGAAUCGCUCGAGAUACUGAAUGACCACGCCUCCUUUGCAAGCUUUCAAUGUGGAGGACCCAUAUGUGGACAAGGUCCACCAUUCGCUUUGCUCAGCUGUCGGCACAAGAUUGUUGUCAUGGGUUGUGCACUCCACCAUAAAAUCGGCAAAGAAUGAUGCCCAAGGGCUGGUGGCUUGUGACCUCUUCAUCGUGAGCCUGGAAGUAGUGGUUGAGCUUCUUGACCAUGUUGACAACGGUGAGAAUUGUCUUCUCCACUACCCAGUACCUGAGCUCGGCAUCCUUCUGCAUCCUGCUGACGUAAUAGAUGGGCCGCUGGGCGUCCCCAUCUUUCCUUAAGAGCACAGAGCUUAUCGCUUCGAGACUAAUGCCCAGGUACCGAUACAAUUUCUCCCCCUUGAUCGGCUUCGACAAGACCUGUGAGCCCGAAUAACCGAAAGGGACAGGU